CCAAAUAAUAACAGUCAAGUCAUUAGUGACCCAUCACACAUACCAAGCAUUCUUUAUGAACAUUUCGCAAGUGUGAGCACCAAACUAGCAAGUAAACUACCCACGAAAAGUAAUCAUAUGGAUUAUCUCAAUUAUUAAAAUCACCUGAUUCUUUCCUUUUUUUAACCGGCCCAUUGCCCCAGAUGACGUCCUGAGGCAAUGGGACGUUUUAUUACUACCAAACAACAAAUCAUAUGGUUUGUACUCUUUUCCUGCCCAAUGUCCUAAAUGCUCAUGGGACAUUUUAUCUCCUGUCCAGUCGAAAAUUUUUGAAACUUCUAUU